AUGGAGAGGACGAGGGCCGGGUGGGCUUCGGCGGCGAGGGCGUCGGCGAGGGAGCGGACGAGGGUCGUCUUGCCGACGCCCUGGACGCCGUUGAGGCCGAUGAGGAAGGGGCGCGCCUUGUCGGGGCCCUCGGCGGCGAGGUGGUCGGCGAGGUGCUCGAGGAUGAAGGGGAUGCAGAUCGGGGACUUGUCGUCGAGAAUGGCCGCCAUGGUGGGGUUGAUUCUUACCGUCUGGCAGAACAGUCGUCUACAGGUGGGGUGUGCACGGGAGGACUGGGAGUCUUUUCGAACUUGCGAGUAG